AUGAGACUUUCAGCCAUUCGAACUCCAUUCUUAGCUGGCUACUGGAGCCUGCUCGCUGCUCUGCUGUUCAUCCACUCCAAUGUGCUUUUUGAUGGUCUGGACCUGGAUUGGGAAUACCCAGGAUCCCGUGGAAGUCCCCCAAUUGACAAACAGAGGUUCAGUCUGCUGCGCAAGGAACUUGUAGCAGCCUAUGCAGCAGAGGCUGAGACUUCAGGCAGACCUCAGCUCAUGCUAACUGCUGCAGUGUCUGCUGGAAAGGGAACCAUUGAUGCCGGAUAUGAGAUCGCUGAGAUCGCAAAUCCAAAUUUGAGUCUAAACGCCAUGUGUUUUCAGAUACUUGGACUUCAUUUCCAUGGAGCUUGGGAGCGAUUCACUGGACACAACAGUCCACUGUACCGUGGCUCACAUGACAGCGGUGAUCUCAUUUACUUCAAUAUUGAUUUUGCCAUGAAAUACUGGAGAGACCAGGGGAGCCCAGCAGAAAAACUGAUGAUGGGCUUUGCGUCUUAUGGCCGCACUUUCCGCCUGACCUCUUCCAACACUGGUGUAGGAGCUCCAGCAAGCGGAGCGGCCUCUGCUGGAAUAUACACUCGGGAAGCAGGAUUCUGGUCCUACUAUGAGAUCUGCACAUUUUUAGAGGGAACCACAAUCCAGUGGAUUAGUGACCAGAAAGUUCCCUAUGCCAGCAAAAACAAUGAAUGGGUGGGAUUUGACACCAAAGAAAGCUAUGAGAUUAAGGUCCAGUAUAUGAAGAACAAUGGAUUUGGAGGUGUAUUCGUUUGGGCUUUGGAUUUGGACGACUUUAAUGGAGAGUUCUGUGGACAAGGAAAGCAGAUCAAGACCAAGAUACAGUUAUCAUGA